GGGCGGGCCGGGGCGGGCCGGGCAGGCGGCGGGGCCGGUGCCGGUCGCGGCGGGGAGCGCUGCCGGAGCCGCACGGGCGGCAGGUGCAGCCCGCUGAUGGGGCAGAGCAGGACCCACUCCAGGCUGGCACCAAACCUGGCACCAAUCCUGCCCCGAGCAGCUCUGGGCUGAGCUCUGAGCACUGUGCCAGGGAGGAGCCCCAUAACAGGGCCUUGGGGCUCACCUGGGGCAGCGUCCAGCUGUCAGCAAGGAAGGAGCCUGUUUGGAAACACUGGACAUAAAGAUAAAAAGGAAUACCUUCUCCCAGCAGUGGCAGGUUGAUGAGUGACCCAGAGACCGGCACACAGGAGUACAGCCUGCCCUCGGAUCUUAGAGGAAGCAGCUGGGGUUUGUUCUUCCCAAAGUCCUCUCCCACAGAGGAUCACCCACAUCUAACAUCACAGGAUGAAGAACCCUCCUUUCACUCUCCAGGGCCCGUGCACACCUUUGCUGCCGUCUCUGCUCACCUGCAGCAGCAUGAACCUGAAGAAGUACCUGGUGCGGGCGCUGCAUCGCCUGCAGAAGGGCCCUGGCUACACCUACAAGGAGCUGCUGGUCUGGUACUGCGACAACACCAACACCCACGGCCCCAAGCGCAUCAUCAAGGAGGGGCCAAAGAAGAAAUUGAUCUGGUUCUUCCUAACGCUGCUCUUUGCAUCCCUGGUGUUCUGGCAGUGGGGGAUCCUCAUCAACACCUACCUCUCCUACAACGUCACCUCGUCUCUCUCCAUCGGCUUUAAGACCAUGAAGUUCCCUGCAGUCACCAUCUGCAACGCCAACCCCUUCAAGUACUCGGAGGUGAAGCCCCUGCUGAAGGAGCUGGACAGGCUCAUUGAGGCAGCGCUGGAGAGGAUCCUGCAGCCCACACCAGGCAACAGCAGUGAGAACGUGUCCCUGCCACUCGACCUGGAGCUCUGGAACCAGAUCCCCCUGGUCCUCAUCGACGAGCACGACAAAGACAAUCCCAUCAUCCUGGACAUCUUUGAGACCAACCAGACUGCUGCGGGCAACGAAACUGCCAUGGACAGCAGAGCCAGUGUGAGCAGUGACACUGCUGGGGACCACCAGCUCUCUGGGGGCAACGAAACCAUGGACAACGAAACCACUGAGGGCAACCAAACCACUGCUGCACCUGCCCCAGCCAGCACCGUGUCAGAAGAGAAGAAGUACAAGCUGGCAGUGAAGCUGUGCAGCCACCAGGGCUCUGACAACUGCACGUACAGGAACUUCAGCAGCGCGGCGCAGGCGGUGACCGAGUGGUACAUCCUGCAGUCCACCUCCAUCCUCUCCAAGGUCCCGCUGCACGAGAGGAUCAGGAUGGGCUACCAGGCAGAGGACAUGAUCCUGGCCUGUCUCUACGGGGCCGAACCCUGCAACUACAAGAACUUCACCCAAAUCUACCACCCAGACCAUGGUAACUGCUACAUCUUUAACUGGGGCAUGGAUGAAGAGGCUCUGAAUUCUUCCAACCCCGGGGCCGAGUUUGGGCUGAAGCUGAUUCUGGACAUCAGCCAGCAGGACUACAUUCCCUACCUGUCCUCUGCCGCUGGGGCCAGGCUCAUGCUGCACCAGCAGAAGAGCUUCCCCUUCCUCAAGGAUCAGGGCAUCUACGCCAUGGCUGGGACAGAAACCUCCAUUGGAGUGCUGGUGGACGAGCUGGAGAGGAUGGGUUAUCCCUACAGCGACUGCACCAUGAACGGCUCCGACGUCCCCGUCAAAAACCUCUACAGCCAAUACAACACCUCCUACUCCAUACAGGCCUGCCUGCGCUCCUGCUUCCAGAACCACAUGGUGGAGAUCUGUGGCUGUGGGCACUACAUGUUCCCUCUGCCUGAAGGGGUGAAUUACUGCAAUAACGAGGAUAACCCAGGCUGGGCAUAUUGCUAUUCCUCACUGAGAUCCAGCAUAAAACAGCGUCAGAUCUGCAUUGACUCCUGUAAAGAAACAUGCAAUGACACGCAGUACAAAAUGACCAUCUCCAUGGCGGACUGGCCAUCAGAAGCCUCCGAGGACUGGAUUUUCCAUAUUCUGUCUUAUGAAAGGGAUAUGUCAACAAAUGUGACUCUGGACAGGAAUGGGAUCAUCAAGCUGAACAUUUACUUCCAGGAGUACAACUACCGCACCAUCUCGGAGUCAGCUGCCACCACGAUCGUUUGGCUGCUGUCGAGCCUGGGAGGCCAGUUUGGGUUCUGGAUGGGGGGCUCGGUGCUGUGCCUCAUUGAGUUUGGGGAGAUCAUCAUCGACUCGCUGUGGAUCACCAUCAUCAACGUCAUCAGCUGGUGCAAAGGCCUGAAGCAGCGGCGGGCGCGGGCGCGGUACCCGGACGCGCCCCCGACGGUGUCGGAGCUGGUGGAGGCUCACACCAACCUGGGCUUCCAGCACGAGCCCGCGGGGGCCGAGGCGCUGCCCCCCGAGCCCGGCACGCCCCCGCCCAACUACGACUCCCUGCGUGUGCAGCCCCUGGACACCCUGGGCCCCGACAGCGACAGCGAGUGACCAGAGGCUCCUGGAGCUCCCGCCGCGCUGCGCCGCUUGCUGGGCCACUGUCUGUCCAAAUUCAGAGGGAAUUAAAAGCCCAGGCUGUUCUCUCCUAUGACUGAUCGCUGGCAGGAAGCUCUGCCUAAUAAACCCUGCAAUAAACCUCACAGAGUCAGGCUUUG